CUGAGAGGCGGAUUCCAAGAUGGCGGCGCAGUCGCGGUGCCGCCGUGAGGCACCUUAACGGACUCGCCGGCGCGCGUAUGGACGGCGUGACCGCCUCGGAAGCUUUCUUUUAACAAAAAAGGCAACGGCGUCCCCGAAGAACGGGACCGACGAAGCGACUCAUUUCGGGUAGAGCAAAGAUGGCCCCAGCCUGUGAGCAGCUGCAGUUCCGCUUCCCCGGUUACGGAGAUGGGGUGCUGCGCCGCAUGGACCAACUGCGGGAGCAGCGGCGCUUCUGUGACGUGACGGUGCAGGUGAACGAGCUGCGGGUUCCUGGCCACCGCGUGGUCUUUGCCGCCUGCUCCCCUUUCCUGCGGGACCAGUUCCUGCUCAACGACUCGGAAGAGGUGUCCGUCUCACUCUACCAGAGCCCCGAGAUCGGGCGCCAGCUCCUCCUCUCCUGCUACACGGGAUGCCUCGAGGUGCCCGUCAAGGAGCUCGUCAACUACCUGACAGCCGCCUCCUUCUUGCAGAUGGGCCACGUGGUGGAGUGCUGCGCCCAGGCCCUGUCCCACUACUUGGUCCCCAAGGCUGACGCCCUGCUGCGGGAGGAGGAAGAGGAGGGAAACUGCCUACGGCAGGACGGGGAGGAGGAGGAAGAGGAGAAGUAUUGCCCUCCUGCGUUCAAAGGGGAGGCGGACUCCGAGGAAGACAAAACAGAGGGACCCGCGUUCACCCCUCGCGGCUCCCGCAGCCCCUCCUCCCCAGGGAUCUCGCUCUCCCUGAUCAACUCAGCCGUGGAGAUCACCCGCAACUACCUGCAGGGCUGCCUGGACGAUGAGACGAGCGGCAAAGGCCUUCCUUUCCCGCCCACGGUCCGUGCACCCGGCUCCCAGUGGAGGCGCUACCCCCUACACUGUCACCGACGCAGCACGGCCGCAGCUUACAGGGACUGGAGGCCGGGGAGCGGGGCGGCAGGGUGGAAGGCGCCCGAACUGGAGCGCCCCUACCGUUGCCCGCGCUGCAACAGCGUCUUCCAGCAGCUGGGCCACUUCGUGAGCCACGUCCAAGAGCACAAGCUCUUCCUGUGCCUGCGCUGCGGCAAGGUCUUCUCGCAGAAGAGCAACCUGACGCGGCACAUCCGGGUGCACACGGGCUUCAAGCCCUUCCAGUGCCCCGUCUGCCGCAAGUGCUUCACCCAGAACGCCACCCUGCAGGACCACCUCAACCUGCACAGCGGCCUCAAGCCCCACCGGUGCAACUACUGCGACAUGCACUUCACCCACAAGCCGGGCCUGCGGCGCCACCUCAAGGAGAUGCACGGCAAGAGCACCUUCGAGAACAGCCACGAAGAGAUCGAAGAGGUCACCAUUGACUUUGAUUGACGGGAGGGAGGGGAGGGUGGCUGGAAACGGAGCAGCAGGCUCUUGGGGCGCGGGAGGCUGCAGGAAGGCAAAAAAGAGGCCACGGAUUGAACCCGGUGGCACGGGGGUAGUUGGUGCCACGAGCAUACUCAUUCCUUUACUAGUUGGAAGGGAAGUGAUGCGAUCCAAGUGUUUCCUGGAAAGAGAGAGAGAGGGUGUGGACGGAACAGUUGCCUAGACAGGAUAAGAUACCUCAGUAUACGUAGGGGACCAAGACUGUUGGCGAGGGGGAUACCAUGGCCUCUCUUGGAAAUGAUUCCACUGGAGAGUGCAGAAGGGGGCCUGUUGUGAGGCUGGGGGGAGACGGCUGCCUGAGGGGGGGGAAGGUUUCCAGUGCCUGCUGGGAAAGAUCCGACCCCUGGUGCACGAGCCACUGGAAAGGAGCAAGAGUCCAGGAGCACCAUAAAGACUAGCAAAAUUCGUGGCAGGGUGUGAGCUUUCACAGCUCAGUUCUUAAGGCUCACGAAAUCAC